GGGAAAGGCUGACAGGAAGGAGCCUGCUAGAGGGCUGUGGGGACCAGAGCAGAAUGUCUAACUUCAGGGCUCCAGGCUGCAUGGACAGAGAGCCUCCAGAGAUCAAGAAAAUAAAACAAAUCAAAGGAACAAGAAGAAUCAAGUCUGGAAAAGAUUUUUGGAUUAGAAAAGCAAGAAAUCAGAUUGCAAAAGAUAAAAAAUAAAUAGGUGGUGAAAACAUGGAGAGAGAGAACAUUGCUAGAUUAGCAAUUUUUUUUUAAUUGAAGUAUAGGUGAUUUACAAUGUUGUGUUAAUUAGUGCUGUACAGCAAAGUGGCUCAGUUAUACAUAUGUAUACAUUCUUUACAUAUUCUUUUACUGUAUAGCACAGGGAGAGCAAUUACUUUUUUAAAUGAUAAGACCCAGUUUGGGGAGGAGGGGGAUCCCCAGGGGAUGCUCAGAAAAGGCAAACAGACACAGAGCUGGGAGAAUAUAAAUUUGUGCAAAUCUUUGGGCUCAUAAUCUGAUAAAAUAUCGAAAGCCUUAAAAAUGUUGACAUACCCACAUAAUUAUAUUUCUAGGAAUUUAUUCGCAUAAAUAAUAAACGAUGGACACAUUUAUGAUAGCAGAAAAUAGCAGACAUUAGGAAGAGCUCUGGGAUGGACCUCUGGCUUUCCCACAUGCAGUCUCCUCACCAGGCUGCCCUCAGCCCUCGUGUCAGCAGGCUGCGUUAUAGCGACCUGCAGCCCCUGCGUCGUGAAUAGUGAUGAUGAGCCAGGUUAUGACCUAGAUUUAUUUUGUAUACCUAAUCAUUAUGCUGAGGAUUUGGAAAAGGUGUUUAUUCCUCAUGGACUAAUCAUGGACAGGACUGAACGUCUGGCUUGAGAUGUGAUGGAGGAGAUGGGAGGCCGUCACAUCGUGGCCCUCUGUGUGCUCAAGGGGGGCUAUAAAUUCUUUGCUCACCUGCUGGAUUACAUCAAAGCGCUGAACAGAAAUAGUGAUAGAUCCAUUCCUAUGACUGUAGAUUUUAUCAGACUGAAGAGCUACUGUAGUGACCGGUCAACAGGCGCCUUAAAAGUAAUUGGUGGAGAUGAUCUCUCAACUUUGACUGGAAAGACUGUCAUGAUUGCUGAAGAUAUAAUUGACGCUGGUAAAACGACGCAAACCUUGCUUUCCUUGGUCAAGCGGCUUAAUCCAAAGAUGGUCAAGGUUGCGGGCUUGCUGGUGAAAAGCACCCCUCGAAGUGUUGGAUAUAGACCAGACUUUGAUGGAUUUGAAAUUCCAGACAAGUUUGUUGUAGGAUAUGCCCUUGACUAUAGUGAAUACUUCAGGGAUUUGAAUCAUGUUUGUGUUAUUAGUGAAACUGGAAAACCAAAAUACAAAGCCUAAGAGAGAGUUUAAGUUGAGUUUGGCAACAUCUAGAGUCCCAUUGAAAUCACCAGUAAAAUUAUUAAAUCUUCCAGUUCUGUUUUCAGUUGCUCAGUAGAGCUUAGUGCAUGUGUCUUCUAAGAAUUUUAUCUGUUUUGUAUUUUAGAAAUGUCAGUUGCUGUAGUCCCGAACUCCUUAUUUGCACUAUGGGCCUACGGACGAUCAGUUCCCUUUCGGGGGAUUGUUGUUGGACUCGUGAAUGAAAAUUCUCUUAAACCACAUCACUAUUGAAUAAAAAUAUUGAAAUUAUAUCUGAGAGAGACAUUUAAAGAGAAGAAUAUAUUAGUUUUUUAAUUGGUAUUUUAAUUUUUAUUUAUUCAAAAAAGAACAGAAGUGAUUGAAUGUUGUUGAUUAUACCACUGUGUGUUUAGAAAAGUAGGAAGCAUUAAGUUUCAUGUCAGUGACAGCACUUAGAGGUGCUGUUAUGUUGGAUAAACCAUAUGUCCUGGAAUUAUUUUAGUAGGUUUCAGUAAUAUUAACUGUAUUUUCCCGCUUGUUCAGAUUAUUUCCGGUGAAUCUUUGUCAAAAUUCCUUUUAAAUGCAGAUCAAUAAAUUCCAAAAACCUACUACUUUUUGAAUUCUUGAAUGUAAAAAUCCUUAAA